AUGGCUACUGCUGAGACCAAAUUGAGCAUGAAGCUUUUGAUUGACACCAAGGCUAAAAAAGUGCUAUUUGCUGAGGUUGAUAAGGAUUUUGUUGAUUUCCUCUUUCACAUUCUCUCGUUGCCAGUGGGCACUGUCACUAGGCUCCUUAAGGAGAAAGGAAUGAAUGGGUGCAUGCAAAACAUCUACCAAAGCGUAGAGAAUCUAAAUGACUCCCAUAUUCAGUGGAAGGAUAUUAUUUUAGAACCCAAGUGUCCUUUCAAAAUCUCUUCAGUUCCUCUAUUGCUUAACGACGCUCCGACUCUAACGACUUUUUAUAACUGUCCAUUUCCUUCUUCUCUAUGCUGCGACAAAUUUUAUGGCACCGAUGACUCUAGCGCUCUCUGUCCAGAGUGUAACUCUGAAAUGGCAGGUAGGUUGACGUUUGUUGCUCCACCUGGGAAGGUAGCAACAGGGGGUUUUGUGAAGGAUGUGAAAUACCUGGUGAUGGAUGACUUGGUGGUUAAGCCCGUGUCCGUCAUAUCAAGCAUUACCAGUUUUAAAGAGUACUUUAAUGUCAAGGAUUUUGGUGCACUGCACGAGGAAGUUGUACAUUUUGGAAAGGAAGAGGCGCUGAAGUUGCUGAAAUUAUCGUUCGAGUCGAGAGCAGUUCUGACAAGUCUUUUUGUGAGCAGCAUAAAGGGCAGCGUCAAGGGGGAGAAAUAG